GUGGGCUCAUAUCAUGUGUGCAAUUGCUAUUCCUGAAGUCAGAUUUGGUGAUGUCACGGAGAGGAGACCAAUAGACACAAGCAGGAUACCUUUACAGAGAUUAAAACUGAAAUGUAUCUUCUGCAGACAAAGGAUUAAGAAAAUAUCUGGUGCCUGCAUCCAAUGUUCCUAUGGACGAUGUCCAGCUUCAUUCCACGUUACAUGUGCCCAUGCUGCGGGAGUGCUGAUGGAACCAGAUGACUGGCCUUAUGUUGUCUACAUCACAUGUUUCAGGCACAAAAUCAGUCAAACUGUGAAAACCAAACCCUUCGAGAAAGCUGUCUCAGUUGGGCAAACAGUCAUAGCAAAACAUAGGAAUACACGAUACUAUAGCUGCAGAGUAAUAGAAGUUACAUCUCAAGUGUUCUAUGAAGUCAUGUUUGAUGAUGGUUCCUUCAGCCGGGACACUUUCCCUGAAGAUAUUGUGAGCAGAGACUGCCUGAAGCUGGGUCCACCUGCAGAGGGAGAGGUUGUUCAAGUGAAGUGGCCAGAUGGAAAACUUUAUGGUGCAAAGUAUCUUGGAACCAACAUAGCUUACAUGUACAACGUGGAAUUUGAAGAUGGUUCUCAGAUAGCAACAAAAAGGGAAGAAAUCUACACACUUGAUGAAGAAUUGCCCAAAAGAGUGAGAGCUCGGUUUUCUACAGCUUCUAAUAUGAGAUUUGAAGACACAUUCUAUGGAACAGAUAUUAUCCAGGGAGAAAAGAAGAGGCAGAGGGUACUGAGCUCAAGAUUUAAGAAUGAAUAUGUAGACGACCCUGGGUACCGCAGCUUCCUGAAAACCUCCUUCCUGAAGAAGUGUCAGAAGAGAGUAUAAGAGAAGGCCUGAACUCAUGCUUGCCUGCUGCUUUUCUUUUCGUGUGUGGUGGAGAUGACAUCCAUUCAGUGUAUGGGAAAGAAAGAUGUGUUUUGUUGUCAUUCCGAAGAUCUACCUUUAAUACAUGAAGUAUUUAGCUUCUGGUUGAAAUACUUCUUGGGUUACCAAGAGUUUUCUGAAAAUUGAUUUUAGAACUAUAGGGACUCCUUAAUUUUAGGGCCAAAUUUACUUUAAUAUUUUGAAAGGUGGGCGUCUGAUUCAAUUUAAGACUGAUGCAUUAUUGUAUUGAUAAAUAAAAAGCAUAAGAAC